GUGGGUCGCGGCGUAGCGCGUCCGCACGGCGUUUCGCGGCGUUGGCAGCGGCGCCACCCGCACAAUACGGCCUGGCCACAUACCGUCGCACCACACACGGUGUGUGCGUUUCGCGUCGCCGCCCGUACCCCGUAAGCAGUCCUCCGACAGUCCGACACGACUGCAGCCGGCCGCCAGCAGACAUGUCAUACGGCAGCAACCGGCGUGGACGGACCGACAGCUGCUGCAGUCUGUGCUGCAGAGGUCUGACGUGAAAACCACCGGUGCAGGACUCGCACGGCGCCCGGACACGGCCACGGCAACGGCGACCGCGGACGCGGCGUCGGCGGCAGUAGUGGCAGCGACGGUGGUGACGACGACGGCGGUGGUGGCGGCGGCAGUGGCACCGUCAGUGGCAGUGGCCGACCGGCUGCUCAGUGCUCCGGACACACGCACACCCGCGGUACAGAUAACCUACGCAGUUAAGCUCAUUAAUUGAAAGCAUCACGAAGCGACUACCUAUCAUGGACCUACAAGAUAACCAAAUAUUAGGAAUGGAGAAAAAACAUAAAUUAUGCUUUAGAAGCAUUCAAGACAUGAUACCAGCUCGUGCGGUUUUAUAUUUAAUGUCAUUCAGUGGAUUUUUGGUCAGUUUCAUGAUGCGCACUGAUAUUAAUAUUGCCAUGGUAGCAAUGGCCAAAAUGAGACCACGGUCUGAAAACUCGUCAAAUUUAACCGAACUUUAUUGUUAUACGUCGGUUACAAAUGGCACACAAUCAUUUGAAGAUCAAAAACCAACGGAAGAGGGUGAAUUUAAUUGGGAUUCUACAGUGCAAUCUGCAAUUCUUGGCUCAUUUUAUUGGUGUUAUAUAUUGUCUCAAGUAGUCGGUGGUGUCUUAACACAACGUUUUGGAACCAAGACGGUUUUUGGGUUCUCACAAUUAACAACAGCAAUUGCUUCAUUGCUCAUACCUCAGGCAGCUUCAUUACAUUACUCGGCAGUCGUAGCAUUGCGAUCACUUCAAGGAAUGGCAUCUGGGCUUACUUGGCCUGCAAUGUAUGCACUUGUUGGUAUAUGGAUACCAUCCAACGAGCGAACCAGGUUCAUGUCAUCAUUCCAAGGGUUUAGUUUCGGGAUCGGACUGACGUAUAUGGUAUGCGGCUUCAUAAUUGGCAACUAUGGAUGGCGAGUGGUGUUUUACAUGAACGGUUCAUUGGGUGUCGCAUGGUGUUUGCUAUGGUGGUUACUAGCUUUUGAUCUGCCUCACAAACAUCCAAGAAUCACAAGACGUGAACUGAAUUAUAUUAAUGCCAACAUUGGAGAAAAUAUCAUAAACACAAAAGAUUUAAAAGUCCCAUGGUGUUCUAUUAUGACUUCCAUUCCAGCGUGGUCUAUUGGUAUAACAACAUUUGGUCGGAUAUGGGUCCAUUAUACAUUCAUAAUAUACGGUCCAUCUUAUAUGAAGACAAUUUUAGGUUUCAGUAUACAAAAGAAUGGGUUUAUGAAUGGAGCUCCAUUUUUAUGCAGUUACCUUUCUUCUGUUGUGUUCUGUUAUGCAGCUGAUUUUAUUAUAGCUCGUAAUCUUAUGAGUUUAACUAAUGUUCGUAAAAUGUUUACAGCUAUAUCUCAAGUCAUUCCAGGCUUAUUAGUACUGACCAUAGGUUAUUUAGGUUGUCAGACUACAUUGAUUUUGAUAAUUUGGUUUGUAGCAGUUACACUGAUAACUGCUUCAUAUGCUGGAGCAAUGGCAAAUGUAGUUGAUAUUGCCCCAAACUUUGCCGGACAUAUAUUAGCAUUUGCACAAACUAUACAUAUGUCUGCAAGUUUUUUAUCUCCCCUUGCUGCAGCUAUUAUGCUUCAAGACAAUCCAACUUUGGAGAGAUGGCGUAGAAUAUUUGCUGUGACUGCUUGUGUGGCAUGUGGAACUUAUGUAAUGUACCAGUUUGGUGGUACGGCAAAAGAACAAGUCUGGAAUAAUCCAAAUCGCAAAAAUAAUUCAGGUUCUGUUCGUGUUUCACCUGAAAAUAAUCAGCUUAUUGUCAACAAUAAAACUGAUCCAGAAAGAGGAGAUGGUUAGAAGUUGAGAUGAAACUAUUCAAGAAAAUAACAAUGGCGUACUUAGGUCCCCCAUAUAUAGGGGCAAAAUCAAAUUAUUUUUACGAACGUUAAUUGUGAUAUAUAAUAUAAUUUACAACAAAAGAGAUAAUUAGCACCGAUUAUAAAAUCGGAACUUCAAUAAAUCUCAUCAUUCCAAAUAAGACAGUGUUCUAAACUUAAUAUUAUAUUUUAUUAUAAUUUAAAAAACAAAUUUUAAUGUUUGUAAUAAUAGAAUUUUUAAGUGUGUGACCUUUGUGUCCUCUAAUACGAAUUAAGUAGAGUAGAUAUAUCAAUCAAUUACUAUGUAUAUUUAUAUAGAUGUUUUAUUUGUUAGAAUUAAGUUGUAGUAGAAAAUGUAAUGACAUUUUCUAAAAAAAAAAAAAAAAAA